AUGGAAUCUCUAAGAAUGAUAAUGGUUCUUCAGACUCCAGGAAAUAUGGAAGUUCCAAUGAUGUACAAUUUCCAGCCAAAUCUGAAAUUUAUUCAAAAACCCCAAGAUUGUGGCUCCUUGCUUGUAUACUUUCCAGCAUCAAAGCCAACUCCGGAUUGCUUUAUUUUCAUCUUUGCUGUAGGAAACUUCAGACUGGUGGUAGUGACUGUAGGCUAUAUCCUCAUCGCCACUUAUGAAGGCAGUAAAGAUCAAAUGCAUCUGUUCUUCUUGUCUAAGAUAAAAUUCCUUGAUAUCUAAUAUUAAUAAUCCUAGAAUUUUACAGUAUAAACAAAAUUCCAAUAAAAAUCACCAUGAAUCUCUUGCCUUAAAGCCCUCCUAUUAACUUUCAUUCUUAGAUUUAUCUCUUAAUCUCUCACAUCAGUUUCUUCGGCACAAUUACUCAAACUCCACCAUACAUUCAGCUUUGUUCAAUGCCCCAAUUAGCUACAGGCGAAGUAGCCAGAAGUGAUUCUAGGAAUUCCGAAAGCAAGAAAUUAGAUCAACCAAUAUUUUCUAACCAGAUUUGUU